GACUUUUGGAGGGGGUAAUUUGGAUCACGUCGUCAUGCACAAACGACGCUCUACUCGUCAGUCAGUCGCUUACCGAUUGUAAAAGUGGAAGGAAGGUGUUAUCAUGUCGGAGGUAUUCAAACUAGGUGAUCUCGUAUGGGCGAAGAUGAAAGGAUUUUCGCCUUGGCCUGGCCGGGUGUCUAAUCCUUCAAAGGACUUAAAGAAACCAACGAAUACUAAGAAGGGGCCAGUUCAAUGUAUUUUCUUCUUUGGAACAAACAAUUACGCAUGGAUAGAGGAAUCUAAUAUAAAGCCAUAUCUAGAAUAUAAAGAUACCCUUGUAAAAUCUAGUAAAUCUGGUGCAUUUAAAGAUGCAGUAGAAGCAAUAGAGGAGUUUAUUGCUAAUGGAGAGGUGUUUGAGGAUGGUUUAGACCCAGACUCUUUAUUCGACAGACUUAAAGAAGAAAGUAUAUCUGAGAAGAAGAAUGUAGUAAAAACACCCAAACCUCGUAAGGAAACACCAAAAACUAAAAGAUUAGACACUGGUGGAAGUGAUGCUCGUCGCCCAGCCAAAAAACAACGCAGAGAGUCAAGUACAAGUAAUAGUAAUAGGGUUGGAAGUAUUAGUCCUGCGUUGAACCAUUCAACCCCUCCCAGAAAAUCAGGAUCAACUCUUCUCAAUAGGCCAGCCAAUAUUGCUAGACCUGUAACACCACCUUUGGACGUAGAAACAUUGUCACAAACUCUUAAGGAGAAAAACAUCCUUCCGUCGACCUUGAAAUUCGGGUUCCUUGGUUUGGGUAUUAUGGGAAGCGGCAUCGUAAAAAACCUGAUCAACAGUGGUCACAGUGUAAUUGUAUGGAAUCGGACACAGGAGAAGAUACACCGUUUUGGCCGUAUGCGGAAAAUAUCUUUGUAUGAUGCAAUGGCGUCGUUUGCUGAUGUGGCAGCAAGUCUGGGAACGUUUAGCUUCGAAGCCGUUGAGACGAUGUGUGCAGAUUUUGUGAAAGCAGGAGCAGAACAAGGUUUAACACCGUCCGAUGUGGUUCUUGCUGCUGAUAUCACAUUCUCGUGUGUGGCUGAUCCUCAGGCUGCCAAAGACAUGGUGUUUGGAAACUGUGGGGUCCUCACAGAAAUAUCCCCGGAGAAAGGGUACGUGGAGAUGACCGGUAUAGACGCGGAGACAUCGCAAGAUAUUGCCGAAGCAAUCACCGCAAAAGGUGGUCGUUACUUAGAGGCUCAAGUACAGGGUAGCAAAACGCAAGCACAAGAGGGUACUCUAGUGAUCCUCGCGGCAGGUGACCGGACUCUUUUCGACGAGUGUCAGUCUUGUUUCGAGGCGAUGGGUAAAAACAGUUUUUACCUGGGCGAAGUUGGCAAUGCUUCUAAAAUGAACCUCGUCCUACAACUGAUGGCCGGAGUAACUCUUGCCGGUUUGGCAGAGAGUAUGGCUCUAGCGGAUCGCGCCGGUCUUCAACAAAAGGACGUACUGGAAGUUCUAGAACUGACAUCAUUGGCCUGUCCCGCGAUUCUUGACAAAGGAAAAGCCAUCAUCGAGGGUGGUUUUCCGACGCAGUUACCGCUUCAGCACAUGCAGAAAGAUUUAAGACUCUCCUUAGGUAUGAGCGAUCAAUUGGAACAACCAUUACCGCUGGCCGCCGCAGCGAACGAGGUUUACAAACACGCUAAACGGCUUGGCUACGGUGAACACGAUGCCUCCGCCGUUUACAUCAGAGCCAGGUUCUAACGGAGCAUGCAUCGUCCAAGCUUUUGCUAUACCAUAUUUAUUGCAAUAUCUAACGUUGUUUCCCGUCGCUACCAGAGAAGAGUAGUGCGCCGUAUGUCGGCGGAUGAGCAGUAAAAAGAAAGCGCUACUGCUCGCGAGACGCCGCACGAAACACGACAUUUAUUUUAAUGUGUCGUAACACAUUUGUUGAAAAGUAGACUAAGUUCUGUUAAAUGUAAAACCAUGAUGAAUGAAACCAAAUCUUGACCGAUAUUGAAUGUGUGCAGCAGCAUCAAUUUUAUGCACAUUAAACACGCGAUGAAUCUAUAUAUAUAUAUAUAUAUAUGUAUACAUAAAGUAUAUACUUGUAUUGUUCUCUUUUUGUUUUUUACACGUGUCUUUUUUUAUCUUUCAUUAAGAGCCUCCUUUUUGCGUAUGUACACGGGGAUGAAUUUUUUUUUUUCAUUUGGCGACUACUUUUCUCGACAAAACAGCGUAAGUCUUCGAACAGGGUCGAUCUCUCGAGUCGCUUCCCGACUUCGAUCUCGUUGAAACGCACCCCUCGCUUGAGAUUAUUUCAGAGACUCGGGUCGUGUCGAAAAUGUGCCUUACGAUACUGUUUGAAGCAAGGCUUUCAAAUAAUUUCUGUUCAGUUUUUUUAAUCACUUUCAGUAAUGCAGUAUAGAAUCGUAUUCAGUUUCUUUUUUUUCUAUUCGCGUUAAAAUUAUUAACGGGGCGAUGCGCGCGGGAACGACAAUUGUUAGAAAGAAAUAAUGAUAGAUUAUUACGCUUUAUUGGUGCAAUUAUAUAAUUUGACGGGACAUGGUUCUCGAUUUUGUACAAAAUUUGGUAUUUUAAAAGCGUUCGCUGAACAGAAUAAUUAGAUAAUGCAAGAAAAUGGCCAUCGUUUUAGGUUCUUUUUUCUUUUAUCACAAUAAGAGAAUUGUAUAUUUUUAAUAAUUGUUUCAUCAUAGAUUAUGCUUUACCGUAUCCUGGCAUGUUUAUCAGGCAACAAAUAACGAGAAGCGACGAAUAACGUAUCGGUCAUUUCAUACCAUCGAAUUAUUCGUCCUGGGAUACUUCUGAUAGAUUUUCAAUUUUGACUAGCGAUUAAUAACUUCGCGCCUAGCGCGACUUUUCUGCUAUUUGCUUUCAUAGACGUGGCUAAUCAACGAAUCGGCCCAAAGCAGCGCGGAAUUAUUCUAUCCUUUAAUAAAAUUUACGAGAGUGAAAUCAAGUAGAAACGAAAUGUAAAAAUAUUAUUAUAUUACGUACAUUAUAAUGUAUGAUUCGGACAAAACGUGUUCCCCUUGAUUAAUUACUAUUAUAAUUAUAAAUCAUUUGCUCGUGAAACGUAGAUUUGCAUUAAAUGUUGACAUGGUAUUAUCGAGUUGUUUACGUUACAAAAAACCCACCCCGAAAAACUUAAUCAAUUACCAUUUGGUAUCACGCUCGAAAAUCAAGGCGUACGGUUUUACUUUGACAAAUUUUUACAACCGUACAAAGAAUUUUUUAUAUUUGCACAAAAUAAAAAUACAUACUAAUACCAGGAUUUCCUUUACACUUUCCUUUACAUGUACGUUUCUCGAAACAGCGGUUCUCCGAACGAUUUCCAACAAUAACGUGCUUAACUCUCUUUCGCGGUGUACCAGAUCUUUUUUUUUUUAC